AUGUCCAAACCCCCUCUCCGGCCCCACUCGGCCGUGACUCAUACGCACGCGUCCCCUGAUCUGCCGCAGCAGUUGCAGAAUCCACAUCAGCGGCCGCACAAGCCUUCUCUGUCGCCUGUCGACUCGCAUACGCAUGCAAAGUCACCGAAGACCCUACAGACGGUCACGCUUUCUGCCAUUGCCACGCUACCAGCACCGACUCUGCCCUUCGCGCCGAUGUCGGACGCUCGCCCGUCCACGUCGCCGCCGGCGAAGUCGAAAACUGUCGCUGGUCGUCGGCAAGAAUCUGCAGAAGCAUCGCAGACGGCAACGCCCGAUGCGAGCGGAUUUCUUUAUCAAAGUUCGAGCCCUCUUGUCUCGAAUCAUGUUCUCCAAUCAGACGAAGCGUCUGUUUCAGAGCUGGAAGAUCUAGUCAUUCCGAGCGGGUCCAAAAGCUCGGUAGAGUCGAAGCCUAUGGGAAAAGAAUCGACCCUGCCUGUUGUCCCAUCGCAACCUCUACCCAAGGUGACACAUAGCUCUUCGCAGUCGAGCGCGAGCAAAGGUUCGCCUGGUCACCAUUUUGUGCAGCGCCCUUCUCGUCCAUCACCGGUGCAGUCGUCACGAGUGUCGUCCAGUUCUGGACUCUCCGUGGCCUCAGAAUCGGCACACACAUCGCCACAGUCGAGACAUUCCAAAGAAAAGUUGGCGAAAAGGGUGAACGGAUCUGCAACAUCAGGAAUCGGACCAUCGAGUAUCAAUCCCCAACGCCAGACACGUCUGCCGCAUGCAAACGAAGCCUCUGCAUCACCGCAAGCAGCGGCGCUACACCAAGUGCGCGAGCCGAUCCGCGUCCCUGGAAGCGAGGCUCGAGAGCCGGUCAAUGCAAAAGGCAUUGAGAAGCAGACGUCCCGAGGCAACGGUACCUCGUCGUCGGACACCGUGCAGCGAGAUCCGCCCCUCGCAGUCUCUGGAAGCGAACAGCUAGGACUAGAAACGGCAAGCGCAGCUUCGUCCGACAACAGUGUCGAUCCCGAGACGCUUCUGGGAAUACGUGGAAGUUACCUCUCGUCCUACGAUCCUGUGGAUUACGAGUCAUUGGUCAACAGCAAUGGCAACCUCAAGCGCAUCUCCGCCGUGAGCUGCCUAGAAGUUUCCGAGAAGGACCUCGAGGAGAUCAUCAUCGAGCUGGUCGAGAACCAGGGCGAGCCCUUGGUCAUCUCCGACCUCCACAAGACUCAAGCAUGGUCCUCGGAUCUCUUCAGUCUGCAAGGGUAUGAAUCACUUCGACCCAGUGUGACGGCAGACGGCGAGACGGUAUUCGUUCGCAAUCUGACCGACUGGACUGACCGGGCAUUACCGUUGCCCGAAUUUCUGGCGCACUGUGACAGCCAAAGGAUCUAUAGUCCAGAGCAGAGGGACAAGCUCUACGGCAAGGACCUGCCAUGCCCUGUGCCGUGGCGCGAGGCUCUCGAUAAGCUCGUGCAUCCGCGCCUCGCCUAUCAUGGGAAGCAGGACAUGUCCGCGUCUCUACAACUCAAAGCCCGAGCCGAGACACUGAUGUGUCACUUUGGGCCAGGACGCACCUGUACGCCUCUGCAUCGCGACCUGUGUUCGAGUCUGGGUCAAAAUCUGAUGGUGUGGAGCGAUCCAGACGCCUCUGCCCUAUGGAUGAUCACUCACCCGGACGACGCAGAGGCCGUGGACAAGUACAUUGCAUCCAAAGGCGGCGAUCCUCACUCGGAAGGAUAUGCACCGCAUCCCAACGAGCUCGCCAACGCACCCUUUUCUGUAUUUUGCUGGAAGCAGCGCGUCGGCGACUUGGUGCUGAUUCCGUCGCGUGCAUCGCACAUGGUGGUCAACGACGGUGGCCGCACCAUGAAGACGGCAUGGUCUCGUUUGACCGUCGACACGUUGACAAGCGCGCUCUUCAGCGACCUUCCGCUCUACCAACGCAUCUGCCGCUUGGAAAGCUUCCACAUCAGACCUGUGAUCGAACAGACGCUCACUUCGUUCACCGUGCAGGUCGAAAUGAACCUCGCACUGAAGCGCGACGUCACCUCGACAUUGGUUCGCGACCUUCGCAAUCUUCUUCAGCUAUACGAUGCUAUUCUGAGCGACGAGUAUGUUUCCGAAUGGCGCGAUAUCGCAGUGGAAGGAGACCACGACAGCUACGUCGAAUGCGACUUUUGCGGAGCCGGUGUCCUGCACGGCUACUUUGAAUGUCCGGCUGGCGAGACGCUGUGUGCCCUUUGCUACUGCCAGGGGCGUCUCUGCAGCUGUGCGGAUGCCAUCGAAGCGCUGCAGCCUCGUCAACACUGGCGCCAAUUCGGCGAACGUCUGGAGUUCCGCAACCAAGCUGCACAGGCUCUCUUGUCGGCGGAUCCGACGCUGGCGCUGACCAUCGAGGAGAGGGACGCCGCGGACGAAGAAGACGCAGACGAAGAAGCGCCGUUGCUGCAGGUGGAAAUGCUCAAAGAGGAAGACGUGGAGAAACAGAACUGGCCGCUGAGCUUCAUGGCUGCCAUGAACCUGUACAAAUGUCGACGGAGUCCAGGCUGGCAGACCAGCAUGGCUCAGUGCAAGAUUUGCAAAGCAUCGCUAGAUCUGUCGCAGCGGAUCUUCUGCAAGCCAUGCGGCCACUCGUACUGCCACGGAUGCCUUUUGCACAAGAUGUACAUCCAUCCGGCGCACGCGUUGGCGCAAAAAGAUGCCAAGCCGUUUCACAAGUACCACAAAAGGGACAGCACGCUCGACUACAAGGAGUGGAAGCAGGAUCCCGUCGGCUGGCGAGACGAAGCUCGCGCCCACUUUUUCCUCAUCGAGGCGGCACGGACCAACAUGAAAUGCGUCCCCGUCCACAAAGACUGUCGCAUUGGCUUCCUCGAUGUGUCCGACCGACACCCGCGAGGACUAUCUGGUACUCUGGGCGUGAAGCGGCCUGCCAAGACGCAGGUGGACGAGGCAAAGACGGUGACAGCUGCCUCGUCUCCUUCAACCACGCCGGUCUCGCGAAAGCGUCCGAAGGGGUUGGAUAAGACCACACCGGUCGGAUCGCCUAGAUCUCCAGCGAAGAAGGCGAAACUGCAAGCUAGUACAAGCUUCCAGCCGAUGGAAGUGGACGAGAUCGUUGCACAAGUUCCUAGAACGCAAGUUCCGGCGGGAGUUCCUGUGACCCCUCCAGUCCCUCCACAAAGUAUACAUUCCGUUCCGUCAAGCCCUAUCGGGAGCAUCGCAAGCUGGCAGAGGGCACCCAAACCGCCGAACGCUUCGUCGAUCACGGUCAUGGACGGCAUCCGCAGGUUCAAGCUCCGUCUGAAGGAACAGGAACGACCGGCUCCUCCUAGCGGUGCGAGUUCAGCGGCUACACCGCCUCCUUCCCUCCUCGCUCGAUCCUCGGUUCCAUCUGCUUCUCCCGACGUGGCAGCAAGCAAGCCUGUUGCAACCGAGAAGUCGGCAAGCGAAACUGUUGACGCAACGGUGGUCGACGCAGUGCGAGGGACUGCGCCAAUGGCCUCUAGCUCGACGCGCAUUGCAGCUGUUCCAAGUCCCACGGUUAUCGCCGACGUCGUCGAGUCGAGCAAAGCGAGCGUCUCGCCGGCUACGAUGAGCGCGAAUGGAACCUCAUCAGUCGAGAUCACCUCGGUUUCAAUAACACCCACGGCACCGGCCUCUGGUGUCGCAGCCAAACAGACCAAUCUCGCUCCUGCACCGCGCAUCACAAGUCCGUCACGGGUCGCAACGAUCGAGACUGGAGAUCCGGGCACCUUGUCUUUGGCGACGAGCGUCAUAGCUGCUGGCAUCUCUUCGAGUCCGCAGGCACCUGCCGCCACAUCGACAGGAGCGUCUCCGACCGGCCUCGGCUCGUUGGACAGCAUGAAUCUACGGGUGGUGACCGAGAUCCUGCGCAUCUUUAGCCACUCGAAUCAGAGAUUGAUCGAGGGCCAAGUGGCAGACUUGAAAAAGGCGCAGGUCGAACAAAUGGGGGAGCUCAAGCGCAUGCAGGCGAAGCAGGCUGAGGAGCACCGUAAGGCUACGGCCAAGGUGGAGGCGACGCUGCUGCACAGGAUCGACCAGCUGGAACAGGAGAUGAAGCGCCAAGCGCACCAGCAUACGGCUGAGAUGCGGCGACUGGCGAACAAACGCGAAGCCUCGAUGGAGCGAGUUCAGCGCCAGCUGGACGAGGUCGUUCGGCAGCAGGCAGGGACGGUGGACCGGGUCAACCGAUUCGACGAAAAGUUUUCGGGGCUCAUGGAUGACAUUGACCGACAGGCACAGGCCCACCUGCAAGCAGAGCUGUCGUCGCAAACCUCUCAGUCUUUCGGCAGCGGCCAACUUGCCCCGACGAGCCACACUCGUUGA